CUGAAUGGUUAAGAGAUUUGCCUCUGAAUGGUUAAGUAUUAUACAGAGUCUGAAUGAUCUGGUUUAAAAAUGGCGUCGGUGUUUCUGUACCACGUGAUUGGGGAUCUGACGGUGGGGAAGCCGGAGCUGGCGGAGUUCGCCGAGACUGAGACGGUGGAAUCGUCGAUCAAGGCGAUCGGGGAGUCGACUGAGUCCGGAAUCCCGGUUUGGAGGAAGAAGAGCGCCGCGGCGGCGGCGGAGAGGGCGGAGAUGCGGCAGCAGAGGCUGCAGCAAAACAGAAGAAAUCACAGAGAAAACUUAUGUUAAGGGCUGCUCGAAAAUCAGGUCAAGAGGAAGCUGCAUCUAAUAGUAUCUUUGAGACAGAAAUAUCAGUUCAAGAAACCACAAAACCAUGGUGGGCUGAUUUAACUACAGUUUGACGGAGAUGAGACGGAGGAUCAUAGAUGGAAUGGCACCCAAUUAAAAAAGACUACUUACU